UUGGUUACUUUAUUGGCGCAUGCGUAGUUUGGACGAACCAGAGAGUUCUAAUACAACUUGACAUUACAGUAAUUAAAAGGACUUUUGUAUGGUAGUUGCUUUCCAACAAAAAUGCCGAAACGCUGCGCUGCCACUAACUGUUCAAGUCAUGCAGGACAGUUAGAUUCAAACAAUAAGAAAAUAAGCUUUUAUAAGUUUCCUUUGUAUGACAAGGCGAGACUUCAGAAGUGGUUAAGGAACAUGAAAAGAGACAAUUGGACUCCUUCAAAGCACCAGUAUUUAUGCAGCGAACACUUCACUUCCUCUUGUUUUGAAUGGAGAUGGGGAAUACGCUACAUGAAAGCAGAUGCUGUCCCAACAAUUUUUAAUUUCUUGAUGACCAAUUUGAAAAGAUCUUGUACUGCAAAGCCAAGAAUUCCAAGUAAAAAGAUUCUUGUUGAAAAUACAGAAGAAUCACCUGCUCCCCAGACAGCACAGAUGGCUGCUUAUGAUUCAUCUCCCGAAAACAGUGAAGAAAAUGCUCUGCAAGCUCUUGAGGUGUCAGUCAACCCUAGUUUGCAAUCAUCACCAGUGUAUGUUGAAUCCAUUGAUGGUCUGUCCCAGGAGUCUGUCCCUACCGCCUUUUCUUCUGCAAUUUUACAGACUGUUCUUCCUAUAGAAACACUUCCUUUGUUGCCAGUUGUUCAGAUUGUUGAACCUGUAGCUGGGAGUACUUCAGGCUUAGCUAAUGAUGCACUUCCUACUGUUACAUUGGCUAUUCCUUUGAAUGUUUCUUCAGGGAACUCGUCUUUGAUAACUGUUCUUCAGAAGGCAGAAGAUUUCGCAACAGUGCUUUCCAGUUCUGUGCCACUUUCAUCAGAUGUCAGUAAUGAACUUGGUCUUUCGGAAGUAACCAUGUUUUCUGUAGGCAAUGCUUCAUCUGAGGAGGAAUCAGCAGGUGCGACACCGGAAGAGGACUCCUCUUCUGUAGAACUACCUGCUGAAGUAUUACCUUUGGUGUCUGUAACUUCCACAGGCCACGGUGAUCCAUCUGACCAGGGAACUAUAAUGAUGGAGGAUGUUUUGAUAGAGCCACUAGAAGAUUCGGUUCCAUCUCCUGCUCUGAUUUCUUCUGUGAAAUUGUCACCACCUACACAGGUGGUUGCGUAUUUUGAGACUGUACCCACUGCAACAGUGAUGUCUUCUGGACAAAUGGAGCCUGCACCACUGUGUACAUCAGCAUUAAAAACUGUAUAUUCGUCAACAAUGAAUGCACCAAUAGUCUCCACUGUGCCCAUUGUGUCUAACCAGGCGCCAUCAUCAGAAACUGUGAUGCUGACCGUGGAGAAACGGUGCCCAUCUCCUGAAAGUGGGAAUAUGGACUUGAUAGAUGAGCAGGUAGAAGAAAGUCAGUGUCACAAAAACAAUUUCACCACAGAGCAGCUUGAAGCAAUAGUUGUAAGUCUUCAAAAAAAAGUAAAGGUUUUACAGCAGAGACAUCGCCGCCACUGUGCCAAGCUGGAAGCGAUGGAAAAUCUUGUUGAUCAACUGAGGCGGGACAAUCUAGUCUCUGAGGAAAAAUUUAAAAUCCUGGAAAUGGCAUCCUGCUUACAGAACAGUGCUGUCCUUCCAGAAGGUGGAAGAACUGUAGCUUUAAUCUGCCAGGAAGAUGAUACUUCCCUGGUUUAUACCAUACAGGAGGAUCUCACUGAUGAAUAUGACACAAUUAUCCAAAUGGAAGACUCCCAGGACAUUUGAGACUGUUGUUAGUCAUUGAGAAAUUGUACACUACUGCAUUAAAACAUGCAAUUCAUUCAGGGACCAUACAAAUUAUUUUAUUUUGUUUAAAAUCAGCAACAGAAAGGGUUCUGUUAUGUCCCCAAACUAAUUUUCUGAUCAUUUUCACAUUUUCAUUGUAUAUUUACUGUUUUGUAGCUAGACUGAGGAACCAAAUAAUCUUCUUGGAAAUUGCAUUUCCUUGUGUAUUGCUUAGGUUUUCCAUAAAGUGCAGAAAUUCUUGGUGGGUCUGUACUGUUUUAUCAUCUUGCUUCACUGGGAACCUCUGCAGUGAGCAAAGCAUUAGGCUUCCUUCUGCUAUCCUCAUCACAUGCUUAUUGCUAAGGAUAAGUCUUUGCUAUUUUGAGGCAUGCGUGGUUCUUUUAGUAUGUAUGUGCCAUUAAUUUGCUAAAGGUAAAGGGCCCCAGUAGUGUUUCUAGUGCUCAGAAACUGAAGAUCUGUGUACCAGUGGAAUCCCAAAAGUAAAUGUUUAAUAAAAUGAGACUUUCCAGAUGUACUUGCUGUCACCAGAUCAUGAAUUGGGCCUGUUCAUGGUGCUGCUUUUUUUUUGCAAAGGACUGGAUCUUGCCAUGGACAACAGUUACCACUGUUAGCACUUCCACACCAUGGCCUGUUGGCAUUAAAAAUAGAAACAUAAUGGCUUCAUUAGUACCUAGCACUUAGCUUAUUCGAAGGGGGAAUGGCUGUACAAGGACUGACUGAACUACAAGCAGCAUGCCUGAAAUACUUUGGACAAGGUCACUGUAACAGCAAAUUGGAAUAUUUGUUUGCUCACCGGCUGAGUUGCACUGAUGAGGCCUUCUGUCAUAUGGCAGUUUUCUUCCCUGUACAGGCCAGUUUUGAUCUUGUGCUAGUAAAGAUGCCCAUGCAUGUUAGGCAGAAUUCCCAUAUACUGCAGUGGUGUGGAUAGUCUUCAUAUAUUGCACUGGUGUGGAUAGUCUUCGUAUACUGCACUGGUGUGGAUAGUCUUCGUAUACUGCACCAGUGUGGAUAGUCUUCGUAUACUGCACUGGUGUGGAUAGUCUUCGUAUACUGCACUGGUGUGGAUAGUCUUCGUAUACUGCACUGGUGUGGAUAGUCUUCGUAUACUGCACUGGUGUGGAUAGUCUUCGUAUACUGCACUGGUGUGGAUAGUCUUAGGUUCUUGUCACUUUUGAGACGCUGUUGGUUUCUCAGUUUUGUUUCAGGCUGUUGCUCAGUUGUAGUCAUGUGGGUGCUUGCAUUUGUCUACUUUUUGUUGAAAAAAAAAAAAAAAUUUCCACAUUCUCCUAAAGAUGUUUUCCCCUCUCAAAGCUAGAAAGCAAAUGUGCUUGUCAUAGUUCACAAAAAAAUAUUUUAGCAGACUUUAUUCUGUUUAAGAUGGACUGUGAUGCAGAAUAUUGUGAACUGUGUAAGAUAAGAAAUUUAACUGGACAUCUAAGCUUAGGAGGAUCAAGACAUUAUUCCUUAAGGCGCAUUUGUUAUUAAGGACAUUUGGAAUAGAAGAAAACUAAGAAGAAUCCAAUAAACAAGUAGAGAACGAGACUGCUGCCACAGGUUAAGUGCAAAUCCUCAAAUUCCUUUGAGGAGAGUACUUCUACAUCAUUGGCCAUUGGUGAAGAAGAGUUUCAGAGCUAGUCAAAAAGCCAUCCGAACCAAAGUCACUGUCUGUUGGUGCAUCUGCCAUUGAAAAUAAGGGCUUCACCAUUGUCAUUUCCUACUUCAGAAUUAGCAAAACGUGUCUUCAAGUACCUGAAGUUCAGCAGCAGGAAUCUGGAUAUAAUGAAGCAGAAUUCCUGAGGAAAAAAAAAAGCUCAACGCACACUAGUUGUUUUCAAGGAGGGCUUGGCAGUUUUGCCAGCACAGCUUCAUGCUGGUGUUCAGUUGUUUAUCCAGUGAGUUACCAAUUGCAGAGUCUUUGUGAUGGAAUAUUUUAUGAUAUGCGAGAGGCCUCUUUAUCCAAGCAGCAACUGGUCUUGGUCCCUUUACUGUGCCAGUGCUAGUCUGUCAAAAACAAAAUACAAUAGCAUUUGCUAUUACAUGCAAAUGUACCCACAGGGGAUAAAAAAGUAGCUUUCUUUGUCUCUCUGUGUGGAGGAGUAUUUUUACACAUCAGAAAUGUGCUCCCUUCCUGUCCCUGGUCAGUUUAUUGAACUGUAUCAUCCCAGUCUUCAAGCUGUUCCACCAGAAGACAGACUAUUAUAGAAACAGUACAUUGUAUUGAGAAUAUACUGGAUGGCCUUUUGGAGUGCUUUCUUUCCCUAAAAUUACAUAAUUGUUAAGGCAUUUGAAACCUACAAAGGUGGCCUGUAACACUUAAAGAUGUUACACAUGUAAACAAUCAGCAUUCUGACACUUAUCUCUGUUUUUGUAUAAAAAAAAAAUGAUCUGCAUAGUUAUCAGGAAACUGAUCCAGCAACAGUCUCUCUACUUCCUUUCUCACAGCAAAACCAAGUCCUCUUGCUUCUGUGCCCUUUGAUGUAGAGUCCAGAUUAACUGGUAUACAAAUAUAAAUAAACUUAACAACUGGCAAUGUCAAGAAGAUGCAAGGUCUUUUAACUGUUUAGUAUACAAGGUAAGUGUCAGAGUUCUGUAUUUAAAUAGAUGUAGGAAUGCAGAGAAGGCAUAUUUGAAGGUGACAUAAUUGAUAAUAUAAAUUCAGCUCCACAUUAGACAAAAGUGGGAUGCAUAUACUUGUGUGCCUGUGAUGCAGCAGAUAAGGACUUCUGCAUCAGGUUUUGUGUUAAGAAGACAUGCUUGGUUAAGAAUGGAGACGUGUUCAAAUACUGGAUGCCCUAGUCUCCACGGAGAUGUUACUUGGGAAGUCAGCUAAUAGCACUGGGCAUAUGGUAGGAAGAGGAAAACAUGGUUAAUAGUUAAAAAGUUAUUUCAUAAUACACCCAUAAUUCUCAAGGUGCUUAUCAACAAGAAAAUAUAUAUUUUUUUUUUUUUUUUUGAAAACUGUCUCCAUUUUCAGAAACAUUUCAAAGGCAAGCAUUCCUUAACCGCCUUCACUUCUUGAUGAAAAAGAUUAUUUUCAGAAGAGGAGAUCUUGGUGAGAUCUUUCUCUCACUAUUCCCAUUACCCUUGGGAGACAGUUUACAGUUUCAUAAAGCUGCUUAAAUAGCUGUUACUAUAUUGAUGAAUGGUUCUACAGAAUAGGUUACAAUACCAUUCAGUAGAAUUCUGUCAGAUUCCACAUACAUUUCCUACUCCACACACCUCUUCUCGUUAAGUUCUGAACACUUUAGUUUCAUUGAAUCAGUUGUUACAAAUAAGUGCCAUUUAGUGAUAUCCUGGAACUUCCAAAACAUCAGACUUUUACUUCACUAUGUUGCUUAUAGAUAUGACUGCUCUUGAAUUUGGACUGAUUUAGUACUUGGUUACAGCAUGCUGUCAUGGUGUUGCAGAUAAACGCACUAAAACUUGUUUACCACAAGCACACUUCUUCCUGCAGAGGUUUUAAGCCAUAGAGAAUGAAGAAGAUGCAUGCCAACACUGUGUAUGUGGAAACUUCAUGCUACCUAGGUCAGCAUCUCUGCAGAAAAGAAAAUUUCUGUAGUAGAAAUUGCCAGACCAGUGCAUCUCAGAUAAUGGCCUAGACUUUUUUCAUUGUAGUACACCAGUCUAAGCAAUAGAGACCAAGGUACUUUAGCAAGCAUGCUACUUCCUGCUGAUGAUGAUACUAUUGCUGAAGUUACACUGUCUUAUUUCUUUAGGAAAAUUGUGAAGAUCUUGCUACAUCAGAUUUAAGUUACCUGUGAAGGGAAGUGUACACUGUUCUACUUGUAGUCUAAGAUAACACAUUGUCUGUCCAGUUCUCAUCAGCAUGUCAAUUUAUUUUGGCCAUCGACCUUUUAGAUGCAGAUCUCAGCUGUAAUAUGCUCUAUAAGAGUACAUGUCAUUGACACCUUAUGGUCAUUGCAUAACUCAUUAGCUUCCAUUGUAGGAGUGGGAUGCUCUUUUGGAUAGCCAUUUAUACAUAUUCUGAACUGAACUCCCCCCCAACAAACACGCACACACUUCCACAAAGGUUUCUUCCAUUUAGGCUUCUAAUGAUAUGUUCAAUCGAAGAGAGACAUGAUAGUACUCAACAUAACAGCUGAUUUUUUUUUUUUUUCUUUUUUGCUAAGGUUGUUUGCACUGGGUGCCUUUAUACUUCUGCCUUGCAUGGGAUGCUCCACCAACUACUUUUCAUGAUAAUGGGAUCUUGUGUAAAUGCAUUUCAAUUGUAAUUCUCUGAUCAUCUGUGUUGAUAUGUUUUCUUGCAGGUACAAACCGUGUCUGUGUAAGGAGGGAUAAGAAUUUAUAUAUCCCUUUGCCCCGGUAUAACGCCACACCAUGCAAGCACCUAAAUUAAUGGGUGUGGGUUGUAUUUCAUGGAGUGGAAACUCAAGAUUUUUAGGAAGAGGUGAUUGAAAGGUUACCAGAAGGAAAAACCCAUGUUCACUCAUUGUAUAGGGAACUUUUGAAGAUUUAUAUCCAUUUAAUUUAAUUGGUGGACUGGCCUGCAAAUUUUUUUCAUCUACUACCUGGGCUAGAUAGGCAGUUACUUUAUACAACGAUACAGUAAGACAUUGUGCAGUGAUAAUACUUAAACUUUACAUAAGUCCAGACAAGAUCUUGUUGAUGCAUCAGUAAAUUGGCAAGUAAGCUGCUUUUAAGUGUUAAUCUUAGCAACAGCCAAAGAUGCUGCUUACAAACAAACAAAAUAAUGUGUACAUUAUGCAUACCCUCACUGGAUUCCAGAUAUCAGUUUGGUGAGUCUACAGUGUUGAAAAAUAUAUGCUGCUCUGUACUUAUUCUGUGUCAAAACUGACAAAUUUGUGUGUUCCUCUGCUAGAUGUUAUGCAAGACUUUUUUGAAUGUAGUAAAAUUGUCAUCUUUCCUGAUCUUCUGUGGUAAGAGUUCUAAGCUGCUGGGGCUAACCUAUAGAAUCAUUUUCACCUGUGGCCUUAAACAGUGUACUAGCCAAAAGUAAUGGCACUGUCUAUAGUUGAACAAAUAUGAUUUAUUUUUCUGUGUCUGAAUUUAGUUGUCAAUGGAGGACAGUAGUAUAAAUGCUAGUAAAACAGUAUUCGGUCUUCAGCAUCCACAUAUGAAUCCCUGUGGCUUUUCAUAUUUAUAGGCUGUUCUUAGUCCGUCCAGACUUUGAUGUGUUAUGUAAUGUAUAUGAGCUGAAAAAGCAAGCUGUUGGUCACAUAAUCCCCAAGUGUUUAUGUUGUGUAACUAUAAGAGAUACCCCCUUGUUGGUCUGUGAUUCAUAUUUCUUCUGCCUUUAGUGGGUUCCAAACAGCACAGUGACUGACUAUUUGCGGUUUGUGACUAGAUCUGACUCUGACUCAUGGAACUGACUAAUAAAGUCCUCUUGUAACUUUUUCUGAAGUUUAGGUAGUGAUUUGUCAAAGGUCUUAUGUCAUCAACAUAUGAAGUACAGUUUAAUGCAGGUAGAUGUUGCUAUAUUGUUUUUGAAAAUGGAAACCAGUAAAGUUCCAAGGGAUUGAUCAUUUUAGGAUACAUGCUUAAAGGUAGUUUUCAGAGUUAUAGUACCAUGUUGAACUUUUUAAACUUUUGUUAUCGAGAUACAUAAAGAACCACUUUAGCGCAGUACCACUGAUUCAAAAAUUACUGAGGGCUCUUAAUAAACCUGUAUGGUUUAUUUAAAGUCAUGCUCUGCUUUUAGUUUAUAAAUAAAGGCUUCUGUGAGCUCGCCUGUUUACAUGGCUUCAUAAAUAUAAUUGAUUACUUUAUAAGUAGCUGUUUAUUCAUUGCAAGUGUAAGGUAGUUUACAUUAUAAGAAACAUAAAACAGUGGUACGAUAAUAACUGGAACCAUAAAAAAGUACUGAAGUAUCGUUAUUAGCUGGUGAAAAAUGGACUGCCACUGGAAUUAGAAAAACGUUUAUUUAGCGCUUUCAUCCACAAAGUGAACUUCAUCAGAAAGUGCUAAAUAAACGUUUUUUUUAAUUCCAAUGCCAGUCAAUUUUUCACCAGCUAACAACAAUACUUCAGUAUUUUUGUAUAGUUUACAUUAUAAACCAGUCUAGUUUGUCGUAUGCGUUAUGAAAUGGACUUGUAUUCAUUUUAUGAUGUGAGCUUAUUUACAACUCAAACUCUUCAUCAUCUUGUGUGUGUCUGUGUAUGCCCUCGUAAGUGUUUGUUAGGUUGUUUAUAUCCUGAGCUGGUCCUGUGUACUUUUCCAAUACAGAUGUACUUCUGUCUGUAUAUUAAUUUUGAUGAAAAUAAACUCAGCAAGUGGUCAGAU